GAAUUAAUUCCCACAUUGGGAGGCUUGUCUUCAUGCGACUGCAAUGCGUAUCCUACGGACUGCUUUUCGAGGUCAUUUCUUCGUUGAACUUCCUGGCAACCUUCUCUCCUUCCCACAAUCUCGCGCUGCUUUCUGUCCCAUUAGUACCGCUUUAUCCCAUGCAGAAGCCACUUCUUUUAGCGAUGACACUGAACACUGCACGGCGUCGUGUUUUGAUGAGCGCUUUCAGAACAUACUCAGAAAAUUAUCCAAGAAUAACCCAAACGAGAGGACGAGUCUCUGUUCUGGCCCUUCGGGGUUGCUACGUAGUUGCACUUCAAAAGGGCCUUUGACCGAGGGUAAGGCGAUUCAGGAUCAACUGAUCAAAAAUGGGAUUCACCCAAGUUUGGAAAUUUGCAGUUCAAUGGAUAGUCUUUUUGUGAAAUUGGGGAGCUUUGGGUUUGCAGGUAAGGUUGUUGAUGAAUUGCCAGAACAAGAUGCUGUGUUGUGGAAUAAGCUAAUGUCUCGGCUGGAAGAUGAAGGAUGUAGCUACGACUUGAUUAAAUUCUAUUGUCAGAUGAGGAAGGAUGGUAGUAUGCCAAACGGGUUAAGCUUGGCGGCUGGAUUGAAAGCUUGCUCAAUUAGCUUAGAGUUGGAUUUUGGGACACAGUUGCAUGCAGAAGUUAUAAAAUUAGGAGUCUUUCUGGAUGGGAUUGUUGGGUCUGCUCUGGUUGAUCUUUAUGCAAAGUGUGGAGAGCUGGAACUAGCAAAUAAGGUGUUCUUUAACAUGCCCAAGAAGAAUGCUGUGUCAUGGAAUGCUUUGCUUGAUGGAUAUGGUAAGAUUGGUGAUUGGAAAGAGAUUCUGACAUUGUUUUGCAGACUAAAAAUUCAGGGAUUGAAGUUUAGUAAAUUCACUUUAUUGACUGUGCUUAAGAGUUGUGCUCACAUGGAAAAUUUAGGAGGAGGUCAAGCUGUGCAUGCUCUUCUAAUCAAGAUUGGUUGUGAGCUUGAUAAAAUUCUGGGUAGUUGCCUUCUUAAUAUGUACUCGAAGUGUGAAUUGGCAGAUGAUGCACUCAAAGUCUUCGGGAGAAUAAAAAAUCCGAAAAUAGUAGCCUGGAGUACAAUGAUAAGCUGCCUUGAUCAACAAGGCCGAAGCCUUGAAGCAGCCGAGAUGUUUUGCCAAAUGAGGCACACAAACUUAAGACCGAAUCAGUUUACCCUUGCUAGUAUGGUGACUGCUGCAAAGAAUCUGGGUGAUUGGCACUAUGGUGAAAGCAUUCAUGCUUGUGUAUUUAAAUACGGUUUCGAAUCUGAUAAUUACGUCAGCAAUGCACUUGUAACAAUGUACAUGAAAGUUGGAUCUGUACAAAAAGGUUGGCAUGCAUUUAAUCAAAUGCCUGUUCUAGAUACAGCUUCAUGGAAUUUCCUUUUGUGUGGAAUUUAUGACAGUGAAAACUGUGAUCAUGGGCCAAAUGUCUUCAAAGAGAUGCUUGCGCAAGGUUUCAAACCUGAUACGUACACAUAUAUCAGCAUUUUAAGAUGCUGUUCCAGCCUGUUAACUGUAUUUUUUGCGAAGCAAGUACAUACGCAUAUCAUAAAGAGUGGCCUCAACGCUAACAGAUUUGUAGCAACUGUUCUCAUUGGGAUGUACUCCAAAGGCAGGUCCUUGGAUGAUGCAGAUGUAAUCCUGAACGAAUUGAUGGAAAGAGACCUCUUCACUUGGACAGUCCUCAUAUCUGGUUGUGCACAAACUAAUCAAGGAGAGAAGGCUGUAAAGAGUUUCAAUCAGAUGCAACGACAAGAUGCUGAGAAGAUAUUCAAGGGCUUGGAUUCAAGAAACAGAGUCUCCUGGAACACAAUCAUAUGUGGAUACUCACAACAUGGUCAAGGAAAGAAGGCUCUUGAAGCCUUUCAGAUUAUGCUAGAUGAAGGUGUUCCGCCAGAUGAGGUUACUUUUAUAGGUGUUCUUUCUGCAUGCAGCCACAUGGGUUUAAUUGAUCAAGGGAAGAUGCACUUUAAUUCAUUAAGCAAGGAGUAUGGGCUUACUCUUUCAAUUGAGCAUUGUGCAUGUAUGGUCAAUAUUUUUAGUCGGGCCGGCAAAUUUAAUGAGGUUGAAAGGUUUGUUGGGGAAUGGAAACUCACAGAGAGUCCCUUGAUUUGGGAAACUGUUCUAUGGGCUUGUAAAAUGCAUGGGAAUGUGGAAUUUGGUGAGAGAGCUGCACAGAAGCUAUUUGAGCUUGAACCUGAAAUGGGCUUCAAUUAUAUAUUGUUAUCUCACAUUUAUGCAGCCAAUGGGCAGUGGGAUGAUGUUGCAAGGGUUAGGGCAUUGAUGCGCAGUCGGAAAAUUACGAAAGCACCAGGGUGUAGCUGGCUAGAGUUCAAUGCUCAAGCCCAUGUUUUUUUUGCUCAAGAUAGAACACAUCCCAUGAUCAGGGAGAUUUAUUCACAGUUGGAAAGGCUAGCUCGAUGAAGAAUGAAAACUAUAAAUUUCUCUUAAGAUUGGGAAUGGCUUGGGGGGAUGGACAUGUUAUCAGAUAUAUGGUAAUGCAUUGCCUAUGGCUGAGAAUCAAAUGGUCCUCAAGAGCUCAUUCCAUCUUAAAGACCACUGCCACAAAAUGCAGACGCCUACAGGAGGCCAUUCCGGAGUUCAAGAAGUUGAAAGGUAGGAACUGAAACUAUGAAGGGCGCUUGACCAAGCAGACAUUAGAAGUAGAUUACAAGCCAGAUUUGGAGGCCAGAGAACAGGUGCUAAUCCAAACAUGGAGUUGGCAGGCUGCAAAUGGGUUGAUUAGUUUAUCGGGGUAAUUCUUAUGACCAUCAAGAAAGUGAAACAAUGCCAUCACAAUGUGUUAAAAUUAUGUCCCCCAAUAUGAGUAUCACCUAUUGGAUAAUUGGAUUGUUGCCAAUUUCUCUUGUUAACAAGUAUUCUUAUUCUUAUGUUCCCACCAAAAUUGG